GGGGGUCGAUCUGCCGGGAUGGGGCUGCGGGGGACCGGGAUCACCCCGGGCCCCUGGCGCCCGCCGGGGGACCCCGCGGCUUCGGCCCCGGCGAGCGCCACGGGCGCGGGACCCCUGAAUUGGCCCCGGUGAGUCACGGGAGAGGCGGCGGCGGCGGCAGCGUGAGACCCGUGGGGACGGUAAUCCCCCCUCCCCGCCCGCCCUGCGCCCCCACGUGUGUCCCGGCCCGCCCCGGACAUGAGGCUGAUGUGGGGAAGGGGCUGACCCCUUGCCGUGCCCCCCACGUCGCCAUGGCCUCCCAGCCGCAGCCCCUGCGCCCUGCCGUGCCCUGCGCCACCCCUGCUGGCACUGGGGGGGCCGGUCUGGCCGGCAGCCCCGACAAAGGCACUGCGCGCCCCAAGCCACCGGUGCGGCCCAAGCCCCGCGUGCUGCCCAAGCCGGCUGUGCCCACCAAGCCCGCGGUGCCUCCCCCCAUGCCGGGCCCGCGGCACCCCCGGCCCGAGCUGCCCUCGGCCGAGAAGAUGAACCGCCUGGCUGGGCCGCAGCCCUACAGCGGGGGUGGCACGGGGGGGCCCCUCCGCCGCCCCUCCUUCACUGUCAGGUCACCUGAGACCCCCAACGGGAAGGGGCUCCCGUCGCCCCCAGUGGCAGCUGCUGAGGAGGAGACGCCCCCCACCCCACUGACCCCCUCGCGCAAGGGCCCCACACCUUUCAAGGUGACGCCGGUGCCGGUGGCCGCCAGGCCGGAGCGCUUCCCAGGCACCACUGUGGAGGAGAUCCUGGCCAAGAUGGACAGCAGGGAGGGUCCGGGCAGCCCAGACAGGGCCUGGCUCUCGCCCUUCUGUCCCGACCCCUCCUCCCGCUUCGGCUCCAAGACCUUCACUGCUUUCCGGAAGCGUCCCAGCGGGGAGGUGGAUGGAGAACCCCCUGGUGAAGCCCCCCACACACCCCGACUUGCGGCGGGCGAGCUGGGAAUGGAGGAUGAUGGACACUCCAUGGCUGAGACGAGCGGCUCCCCCCCAGCUGGGCCGUGCUGUGCUGGGGACCCCCGUGGACACCGGAGGCCACCGUCCCCUCCUGAUCUCUCCUCUCUCCAGCUGGGGGCCCUCGGACCCCCAGGCUCCCCAAGGCCCCCCACCUGCCCAACCCCAGCCCCAGGAGCUCCCUUCCAGCCUGCCGAGCCCUCUGCCCCGGCGCCCGGCUCUCCUGAUGCUCCUGCUGAGCUCCUGGCCCCCGACUCCCCCACACUGCCCCCUGGCUCCCCUGAAUCCCCCGCUCAGCCUCCAGCUGGGGCUCCUGCCCCCUCCAUCCAGGCCCCAGGUGCUCCCUCGGCCACCAAACCACGUCUCGGCACCUCCCGCUCCCCUGGCUCCCCCCACACUCCUGGGGAGGGAUCCCCUGACACUGCCAGCCCCCCUGGCACUCCCGAACUGCCCCCCCGAGUCACUUGCCCCCCUGGCUCUCCUGAGGCGGCUGCAGAGUACCUGGGUCCCCCCAGCCCACCCCUUGCCAAAGCUUCUUGUCCCCCAGGCUCCCCAGAGGGACCCAAUGACUCCGCAGUGUCCCCACAGCCCCACGAGGGUCCCGAUUUCAGCUCCCCUCCCCGGGAUGUGGGACUCCGGCGCUCCUCAGAGGGGGUGCUGCAGUCCCCGCCCACGGGGCAGGGCCUGGGGCAGCUGGGAGGUUCACUGAGUGCCCUGCCCCGGCCUGGAGAACCCCUGUCUGAGCCCUCCCUGGGCAGUGAGUCCGGCUGGAGUCUUUCCCAGUCCUUUGAGUGGACGUUCCCGUCGCGGGGGAUACGCUUGCCGGCCUUCCCCCCCCGCUCCCCCAUCCGAGAGACGCCUGACUCAGGGCUCUCUGAAGACGGCGAGUCGGAAGGGGAGGCUGCAGCCCCCAGCCUGCCGGAGGACAGCGGGUCUGAAGGGCCUGACAGCCGUGGGGCAGAGGGGGCCCCGUGCCCAGGGGGUCCUGUAGCCCAGCGAGAGGCUGAGGGCUUGACAGAGGAGGAGGAGGAAGGGGAGGCAGAGCGAGGCGCCCCUGGGUCCCAGUCCCCACUUUGUGUGAUGGAGCCUGGCUGGGACCCAGCUGAGCCUGAGCCCCCCACCCAGCCCAGCACCACCACAGCUGCCCCCUCAGAUCCAGUGCCCCCAGAUCCAGCCACCCCAGAUCCAGCCCCUCUGGCUGACUUGGCCUGGGCAGGUGACAGCCCCAAAGACCUGCAGGGCCCUGGGGGGCCAGGCCAGGCUGAAGGACCCCCACAGGGCCCUGACCCCCAUGCCGACCCGGGCUGGCUGACAGAGCUACUGGCGUCACCUGGGGCCCACACCACAGGGCAUGGCCCACCGGAGGACCUGCUGGGCUGGUCGCGGAAGGACCUGUGCAGUGAGUUUGGCAUUUGCCGCCCGCGCCAGGCUGGCACCUUUGACUGGAGCUGCCCGGCUGUGUCCAGGAAGAGAGACUGGCCUGCUGAGACCAAGCAGGACCAGGAAUUCAGGGCCAAAUCCGGCUGGGACAGCACCCACAGCAACAGUGCUGGGGUCAGGCCGGAUGGGUGCUUCGGCGCUGCCCGUGAGGGCUGGAGCAGUGACUACAGAGGGACGGAGCUGAUGGGGGACACCAAACUGGGAGGCAGCGACUGGUCCCAGUCCCUCAGUGCUGGGGAGAGCUGCCUGCGGGAUCCAGACUUCGGUGGCAGCACAGCCAAGUGGGGCCCAGACUAUGGCCUGGGCUGUGCCAGCAGCGCAGAAGAGCUCGACUCUGGGCAGCCCACCUGGGCGGGCAGGUAUGGCACCGAGGACACAGAGAUGAAGGACAGGGAGCUCACCCCGGACUGGGCCAGUAAAUUCAGCACCCCUGGAAGCAGGGAUGAGUAUUUUACGCUGGGCUGGGCUGGCAGAUCCAGCACUGGAGACACUGGGAGCCCAGACAAAGAACUCAGCCCCAGCCGGCCAGCCUGGGACAGCAGGUACAGCACCCGGGACAUGGAGAGCCAGGACCGGGAGUUCAGUCCCAGCCGGCCAGCCUGGACUGCGGAAUACAGGGACACACAAAGCCAGGACAGGGAGUUCAGCCCCAGCCAGCUGGCUGAAGGCAGCGAGUGCAGCACCAGCAAUGUGGAGACCGAGGACCGGGAAUUCAGCCCCAGUGGAGUGGCCUGGGAUAACAGGUACAGCACCCAGGACAUGGAGAGCCAGGACCGCGAGUUCAGCCCCAGCCGACCAGCCUGGACUGGUGAAAUCAGGGACAUGGAAAGCCAGGACAGGAAGUUCAGCCCCAGGAGGCCGGCCUGGACUGGUGAAUACAGGGACGUGGAAAGCCAGGAUCAGGAAUUCACCCCCAGCAGGCUGACCUGGGAUGACAAAUCCAGCAGCAGGGACACGGAGAGCCAGGACCAAGAGUUCCACCCCAGCCGGCCGGCUGAAGCCAGCGAGUGCACCAGCGAGGACCUGGAGACCCAGGAUGGAGAGUUCGGCCCCAGCAGAGCAGCCUGGGGUGACAGAUCCAGCACCAGCAACAUGGAGACCGAGGACAGUGGUUUCACUCCCAGCAGAGCAACCUGGGAUGACAGAUCCAGCACCAGCAACAUGGAGACCGAGGACAGUGGUUUCACUCCCAGCAGAGCAACCUGGGAUGAUAGGCACAGCACUGGGGACAUGGAGACUUGGCAUGGGGAGUUCAGCCCCAGUGGAGCAGCCUGGGGUGACAGGUCCAGCACCAGGGAUGUGGAGGCCCAGGACAGGGAGUUCAGCCCCAGUGGAGCAGUCCGGGAUGGGGAGCACAGCUCUGUGAUCUCCAUGGAGGAAGAGCAGGAGCUGAUCCCGGGCCAGCUGAGCUGUUCCAGUGAGAGCAGCAUCGGCCAGGCCGGGCUUGUCGGGGUCCGUGAGGAAGAUAUUUCUGGCUCCCUCUGCCCUGAUCCCCCAGCCCAGAAGCCCACCUGGGGCAGUGCCCACCAGCAGGAGCAUGACAGCUCUGAUAGCAGGGAUUGGGCUGAAGAGCUUGGAGGAGGCGACUGCCACAACCACUUUGGUGGCAUUAGGACAGAGUGGGUGCCAGACCCCUGCAGCACCAGAGCCUCAGACAGUGCCAUGUCCAGGGGCCUGCAGUCCCUGGCAGGCUGGCACAGGAACCUCUCUCUGGACACGGGCGAUGCCCGCUGGAGUCAGGACCUGGAGAGCUGGAGCGUGGAGCCACAGGAUGCCGAGGCCAAGCACCAGGAGUGGGCGAGUGCCUUUGGUGCCCGCUGUGCUGCCCGCAGCCGGGACCGCAGCACCGGGGAAUGGAGCCUGGGAGGGGACACCGGCACAGAGGACAGCAGGAGCCUCCGUCUUUCAGCCCCCAGCCCACCGAUGGGUGAUGCCCCAGCUGAUCCUCCAGCUCUGCAGACCUCCCAGGGUGAGCUGCUGAGCCCCACCGAGGAGGAGAGAGACCUCCCAGAGCAUGCCACUGCCCUGCAGAGCCCCGGGGCCCUCUCUCUGCUGCAGGAGGCUGCCAGCGGGAUCCCAGUGGACACAGGGACUGAGGAACCCACGUCAGACCACCCAGAUGGGGAGAGCCCCCCAGGCUGGGGGGAGGAGCGGCUCUCCCUGGGCACCCCCCAGCCCAAGGAGCCCAUGGAGCAGGGGCAGGAGUUCCCUUUCCUGGAGGACACGGAGCUCCUGGACAGCAGCGUGUUCCGCAGCAAGGCCAGCCUGGGCCGCAAGCGCCGGCACCGGGCACCAGCCCUGCGUCCCACCGCCCCCGAGGGGGACAGCUGGAUCUUCUGCGACUCCACGGAGCCCCGGCCAGCCCCAGCAGUGUCCUCCGACGAGGAGGCAGCGGAGGAGCCCCGGAGCCGGCGGGUGCGUGGCUCCCCCUUGGGCAGGGGGGUCAAGGUGCCCCUCUUCCCCGGCCUCAGCGCUUCCGCCAUCAAGGCCAAGCUGAGGGGCCGCAACCGCUCGGCCGAGGAGGGGACAUCAUCAGGGGACAGCAAGGGAACCCCCUCCAAGGACCCCCACGUGCAGCGCUCCAAGUCCUGUAAGAUCCCUGGUGUGAGUGGGAAACCCCCAGCGCUGCCCCCCAAGCCAGAGAAAUCGUCAGGAUCCGAGGCCUCCCCCCCACACUGGCUGCAGGCGCUGAAGCUGAAGAGGAAGAAGCCUUGAGCGGGUGAGUGUGGGAGUUGGGGGGAUGCUGGGCACGGAUCCCCCUGGCUAGGGCCUCGCCGUGUGCCCUGUGUGCAGGGCUGUCCGUCCUGGGUGCCUGGAGAGGGAUGUGAAGGCAGGGCAGUCUGUGGCACCAUGGAUGGGGUGGCUCAGUGGGAGAUGUCCCUGUGUCUCUGGAGUCUGUAUUGCUGGGGGGGCAGCUCCCUCCCUCCUGCCUUCUUCAGGACCCCCAGCCUGGGUCACCCCUGGGAGGUGUGCUGUCACCCCUGGGGAUCCCUGCGGAUCCUCAGCCCCUCCCCACUGUGUCUCUUCCAGGCUCUCUCCCCGAUGCCGACGGCCGCUGUCCAGUGACCAGGGCUGUCCCCUCCCGUGGGGACACACACACACACACCUAUGCACUUUGUACGAACUCGCAGGGUCCCCGUUCCCCCCAGCACCUCCUCCCCCUGCCUGGCCCCGCAUUGUACCCCAUCCCCUCGGUCCCCCGGGGGCUGGGGGUGGACACGACCUCCCCCUUCCCCUCACCCCUGCUCGUGUAUCGCCCCAGACACAGGGCGGCGGGUCCGGCUCGUGGUGCUGCUGCCACAGACAAUAAAACCUCGCUGGUCAGUCCGGAGGGCCUGGCUCUUCUCUGGGGCUCACAGAGGUCCCUGUGGGAUGGGGGUCACCGUGCAGGGGCUGCCAGCAGGAGGAGCUCUGUGCCCACAGUGCACCCUGGGGCUGCCUGUUCCCAGCACAGCCCAUGGAAGGGGGAACAGAGGGACAGGAGCCGUGCCCGAGGGGUGUUGCUUCCCUGGUCGGAUGUAACUCCUGCGGCUUUGGAGGAAGCUGCCGGAGCCCUCCUUGUGCAGUGCCGAGUGCUGCCCUUCCUGCCUGUGGGGGCCUUGCUGCACAUCCCACCCCCAUGGGGGCUCCCACCCCAGUCCCCCUCAGAGCCAGCAGUGGUGCCAUGACCUGGCUUGUUCCCAGUAGAGAUGCUGGUGCCAGAGUCAGGGAAAUGAGGGUCCCAGGACAGAGGGAGAGCAGCUCCUUUUGCAGAGCCCCCCCCAGCCCCCUCCCCUCCCCCUGCUGUAGACAGCGGGGUUUGUUAUCAGCCCUGUGGGCUUGUUAUCAGUCCAGCCCUGGCCACUGAUCCACUGCCAGUGGCCACCACAAACCCAGCCAGGGGGACUCCUUCCCCAGCUCUGGGACCACCAGGAUGGCACUGAGGGCAACCAGGUCAGUGAGGGACUGACCUGGACCCUCAGUCCCCCAGCUUUUGCAGAGGGAUGCCUGAGUGGGGCCUGGAAAUGGAUGCAUGUGUUGUGAUCCAAUGGGGCAGAGGUAGCUGGGAUUGUUAUUAAUAGUCAUUAAUAACACUGCUCAGUAACGGUGCUGCUCACUAAUGGGGUUCUGGUCAUGGCAGGAGCAGCUUGGGCAGCCUUGCUGUGGUCCCAGGUGUGACUCGUUAGCAGCGCUGGGGUUUCCUUGUUAAUUAGCAUUAAUUAGUCUGCACUGGGGAGUGGGGUGUUCCAGCCCUUCUUUAUUCAAACUUGGCAUUUUAACCAGAACUGAACACCCUCAGGGUUCUGCUGCCAGUUGGAGCAGCUUUUGGGUUUAAUUCCUCACUGCCCUGAGGCUGGCUGUCCCAGCACUGGAUAUGGAUUCAUUCCUUAUCUCCAGCCUGAUUAGGCCCUGGCUUGUUUUCCCUGCUGACGCUGUGGGCCCUCUCUCAGUGUCUGGUUCAGUGGCUGCCAUGUCCCUGCCUCUGGGGCCCCCCCAACCGGCACCCCCAUUUAGCAGCCCCUUUCCCCCCUGAGACCACUCAUUUUGGAGACUCUUGUGAGCUCCCCCCUUUCAAUCACUGAAUUUCCCCCCAAGUUCCCCCUCAAAUUCUCCUUUACACCCCUUUGCUGGGAGAAGGGCCCCACUGUGACUCUGAGGAGUUCUGUGUCCCCCCCCAGCCUCCAUCUCUGCACUCAGGUGUUAAACCUGCCCCUUCCACAGUCUGUCCUGUGUUUAAUCCACCCUCAGCCCAGCUUAGCCCCCCCUCAGCCCAGGCUCCAGCCCAGACUCCAGAGCGUGUCCCUAGGGCAGACCUCAUUCUGCAAAGUCUGGCUUCUCUGGUGCUUUUCCCCGAAGCUGGAACUGUGAGAGUUCAGUCCCAGUGGAACAACUGCAGCUCACAGCCCCACCAUCAGGGGGCCUCCCUCCUGACCCCAUUCCCCCCAGGAUUUAUCUGUGGGUUGGGGGGAUAUCUGUUCUCUCUUGGCUACGCUGAAGGCACUGCUGUGCCUAGCUCUGUGACUGACCUGUGGAGCUGGGAUGCACUGGGGGCUCUGAUGGCAGCUGGUCCUGUGGCAACUGCUGCCCUAAAAUGGGCCUUUUGCAGCAUGGGUGGUCCCAGAGCAACCCCCUGCUCUGAAUUUUUGGUAAACGCCUAAAAAAGUCUCCCUGAUAUGUUUUGUUCAAAAUGGGGCCCCAGCAGUGGGGGAUCCCCUGGAGCCACCACUGCGUGCACAUAGUGCAGCAAACCCAGGAGCAAAAUAGGGAUUCCUGAGUGCCAAAUGCAAAAUGCCAAAUGCACCCCCCCACAGUGCAUCUCCACCCAGUGUGAACCCCCUCAGUGUGAUCCCCUGCCACCAAGUGCUCUUGUGAAAUGCAACCCCAACGUGUGUCACCCCAGCGCCGAAUGCGGCACCCUGAGGUGAAACCCCAAAUGCUGGCAGAACUCUGAGGCCCCCCCCGGGCCUGAGCCCCCCAGCCCUGAGCCCCUCCCAGCACUGUUGCCCUGAUCCCAGCUCCAAAUCCCAUCGUGGUGGGCGGCCAGACCCCCCAGGUGUGGCAGGGAACAGGGUUAUCUCGGGGGUCGGUGUGUUGACACGUGGGUGAGAGCUCGGUAAAACCCCCCAGGAAGGAGCCAGAUGGAGGUGGGGGGAGCUGUGAAGUUUCCCACGGGGGACUCCCCCCCAGCCAUCCGUUGCUCCUUCCCUGUCCUGUCCAUCCCAUCCAGGAGGAGGGCGGGGAAGAGGAAGGGGAGGUAACUCGGUGGGAC